GGCAAGUUUGGAAAUGUGUACUUGGCUCGGGAGAAGAAAAGCCGUUUCAUCGUGGCGCUCAAAGUCCUCUUCAAGUCUCAGAUAGAGAAGGAGGGUGUGGAGCACCAGCUGCGCAGGGAGAUCGAGAUCCAGGCCCAUCUGCAGCAUCCCAACAUCUUGCGUCUGUACAACUAUUUCUAUGACCGGCGAAGGAUCUACUUGAUUCUGGAGUAUGCCCCCCGGGGGGAGCUCUACAAGGAGCUGCAGAAGAGCCGCACUUUUGACGAGCAGCGAACAGCCACGGUCGGGGCGGAUUAUGGAGGAGCUGGCAGAUGCUCUGAUAUACUGCCACGGGAAGAAGGUGAUUCACAGAGACAUAAAGCCAGAGAAUCUGCUCUUGGGGCUCCAGGGGGAGCUGAAGAUUGCCGACUUCGGAUGGUCUGUACACGCCCCCUCCCUGAGGAGGAAGACAAUGUGUGGCACCCUGGACUACCUGCCCCCAGAGAUGAUUGAGGGGCGCACGCACAACGAGAAGGUGGAUCUGUGGUGCAUUGGAGUGCUCUGCUAUGAGCUGCUUGUGGGAAACCCCCCCUUCGAGAGUGCUUCCCACAACGAGACAUAUCGGCGCAUCGUCAAGGUGGACCUGAAGUUCCCCCCUUCCAUGCCUGCGGGAGCCCAGGACCUUAUCUCCAAACUGCUCAAGCACAACCCCUCAGAACGCCUGCCGCUGGCUCAGGUCUCAGCCCACCCUUGGGUCCGGGCCCACUCCCGGAGGGUGCUGCCCCCCUCUGCCCUUCAGUCUGUCCCCUGAACUGUCCCUGUCAUUUUCUCAGUUGUGUCUGUAUGUCUGUAUAUGUGUAGUUAGGAGAAGGGGUCCCUGGCCUGUUCCCGCAUCUGUCUUCUACCUCCUCUUUAUUUAAUAAAAGCUGAACCUUUUUGUACUGAUGAGUGUAGAUGUUUACAGGUGGAAAUUGCUGUGAACAAAGCCGUCACCUGUGGGGAGGAGGCUGGGGAGUUGCCCAUGCCGGGUGCCAGGAUUGGCAUUGCAUCACCGCCCCUGGGAGCACCCUGCCCUCUCAACUCUAACCCCCACCUGGUCAGCUCCACCCUACCCCCAAGUCUUUUCUUUCCCCUGCUCUGACUCCCAGACCUGGGGAUGCUGGGGACCUCAGCUCCACUCUGCUAUACCUGCACACCAGCCAUCUCUGCCCACCUUCUCUUACUACUUGCUCUUAGUUGACCUCUAUUCUUUCCCUCUUCUGGUUCACUCCUGCCGACCCAGGAGCAAUUGAACAUUGUUGUACCCAGAAGUUGUUUGUUUUUCUGCUCUGAUGAGGAUCUAGCACAGGAGUGAAUAGAAGCAGUAAUCUUGUUCCUUACCUAAGGUUUAAGGUUUCGCUGCUAGAUAUAUGAUGCUUGCUGUAGAUUUUUAAUACAUGUCCUUUAUCAGGUUGAGGAAGGCCUGGUCACUUCCUAGUUUGCUAAGGGUUUGGGUGUUUGUUUUGGGGUCGCCACAACAGCAUGCGGGAUCUUACUUCCACGACCAGGGAUCGAACCCGCGCCCCCUGCAGUGGAAGCGUGGAGUCUGUUGGGGGUUUUUUGAAUCAUAAAUAGGUGUUGACUUUCACCUAAUGCUUUUUCUGCAUCUGUUGAUUAUUUGCUCUUUUAAGCCAUGUGGUGAAGAACAUCAAUAAAUGUUUUUAUUUUCAUCUCA